AUGAUGGACGUGGAAGACGACAGCUUUCACGUCACACGUGAAGGCUACUCCCAUCUGAGUGACUUAAAAUGGGAGGUAGUCGGCAGCAUGAUUGUGCUCAUGGGCGAAACCGCCAUUAGUGGCAUGUCGGAGUCUGUAAACAGAGACCAGCAACAUGCUGCUAUCAACAAGUUCCUACAAGGGGAACUUGCCAUCGAAAGACAGAAGGUAGCCUUGCUACAGCAGCAAGGCUCUCAUCAAUCGAUGGGCGGACCGACGCACACGCGUCGACCUGAAAUCUUAAAGAUCGAUAUCUGA